AUGAAAAUUAUGAUGUUGAUACUUUUAAUGCUAUUGAUAGCUAAAGGAGAUGAUAGUUAUUAGAAAUGUUUAUGUCCAGAAUUAAAAUUAGAAAAUGAUUGUAAAAUGAAAUAGGAAUGUCAAUGGAAUAAAUAAUCUUGUGAAAAUAAAAAUUUUGAGACAACAGAGCGAGUUGUAGACAUUUCAAUUAAAUAUUGUGAUUAGUUUGUAAAUAAUUUUGAUUGUACAACAGCACAAGAAUGUGCUUGGGUAGAUUAGAGAUGUACAAAUUUUACAGGUUGUACAGCAUAUAAUAAAACUAAUGAUUAUGAUUGUUAAUCAUUAAGUAAAAAUUGUAUAACAGAUGGAACUCAUUGUGUAGAGAUUGGUGAAUGUAGUACAUACAAAAAACAAGUUUCUUGCUAAUAGAAUAAAAAUAAUCUUUAUUGUUUUUGGAAUACUGAAAAUAAAUAAUGUUCAGAUCCUUAUUUAUGUGAAUAAUUACCUAAAUAGUUAAAUAGUGACAAUUAAUGUAGGAAAUAAAUUCUAAAGUGCACUACAAAUACUGGAGGUGGUUGUACGGAAAGUGGAGAUAAUUGUAGUGAUUAAAAAUUAGAAAUUUAAUGUUUUUGGAAUAAAUCAAAAACGAUGGAAUGCGUUUGGGAUAAAUCAAUAUGCAAAGAUAAAAUUUGCAUUAACGCUCCAGAAACUUUGGUAACUGAUGAUGAUUGUAAAUAAUUUAUAAAAGAUGGAACAUGCACAACUAAAAUAAAUGGAGGUUGUACAAUUAGAAGUACUUGUGAAGCUGCGAAAAUUUAGGCAGCUUGUAUCAAAGAUAAUCAAAAUAAUGAGUGUUAUUGGGAUGGAAAUUCAUGCAAAAUUAAAAUAUGCAUAAACGCACCAACUUCAAUAAAAACCAAUUAAGAGUGUGAAUAAUUUUUUAAAGGUUGUAUAACUAAAGCAAAUGGAGGUUGUGUUUAAAAUGGAGAAUGUUCAGCUGCAGAUAGUGAGGUAGCAUGUAUUAAAAAUAUAAAUAAUAUUAAUUGUAUUUGGGAUAAUAUUUGUAAGGAAAAAACCUGUAUCAAUUCACCUAUCAAUAAUAAUACUCAUGAAUUAUGUUCAUAGUAUUUAUCAACAUGUACUGUCAAAUAAGGAGGAGGCUGUUAAGAAAGAUCAUGUGACAAUGCUCCAACAAUAUUAACAACAAAUAAUGCUUGUGAAACAUAUUUGUUAGGAUAAAAAUGUAUUACUAAAGUUGGAGGAGGUUGUAUUGAAAACACUACUUGUGAUGCAAUAAAAUUAGAAAUAGCAUGCUAAUAAGAUGCAAAAGAAUAAAUAUGUUUUUGGGAUUCUGCAAGUUCAUUAUGUAAGGAUAAAAUCUGUAAAAAUGCAAAUAUUAGAGAAGAUACUUCAUUAAAUAGAAUUACAAUUAAAAAUCGUAAUACUGCUUUUGAUCAAUGUUAAACAUUCUCAAAAAAAUGUAUUCAAAAUUAAAAAAAUAAUGGAUGUUUAGAUGAUAUCUGUGAAAAUAAAUUUUAAAUGUCGGAUUGUACUUAGGAUAUGAAUGGCAAAAGUUGUAAAUGGAAUGGAAAUUGUUAUAAAAAGUAAUGUUCUCUAGCAGGAAAUACUUUAACUACUCAUAGUGAUUGUUAAAAAUAUCUCUCAAGUUGUACAUUAAGUAACUCAGGUUAAGGAUGUAUUUUAUUACCACGCGUGUGCUAAGUUAUAACUUUGAAAGAGGCUUGUGUGAUGAAAUAUGAUCGUUCACCAUGUGGAUGGAAUGGAUCUAAAUGUAUAGAUAAGGCUUGUUCUACUGCUUCAAAUAAAUUUACCACUACUUAAGAAUGCUAAAAGUAUUUACCAGAAUGUGUAGCUAAUAAUCCAAUUAUCCUAAAUGGUUCUAAAAUUGUAUAAGGAUGCUAAGAUUUACCUUUUAAUUGUACAGAUAGAAAAUCUUAAGAUAAUUGUGAAAUUUUGAGGGUAGAAUAUAAAGAAUGUCUAUGGAAUAGUGUUACAUUUUAAUGCAUAUUAAAAACUUGUUAAACUGCUAAUCUUUUAGGAACAACAGGGGCACUUUCUAUUCAAAAUAUCAAUCUUACUAGUUGCCAAAAUUAUAUGACCAAUAAAAUUUGUAUUGUUAAUAAUACUUUAGAUGGGUGUAUGGAAAAACCUAUUACUUGUUCAUAAUUAUAAUAGUUAUAAAAUUGUUAACCAAAGUCAACAAUAAAUGGAGAUUGUUAUUGGAAUGGAACAAGUUGUGUUGAUAAAAUAUGUUCUAAUAUUAAAUUGUUUACUCAUUAUGAUUGUUAGAAUGAGUUAAACUAAUGUACAGUGAAUGUUGAAACAACAAGUUGUUAAUCACUAUCUUCUACUUGUUAAGCAUAUACAACAGAUGAAAAUUGUAAAAUAACAAUAAACAAUAUUAAAUGUUAUUGGACAGGAGCUUAUUGUAGGAAUGCCACUUGUGCUGAUGUACCUGAUACUGAUUCAUAUGAUACAGAUGAGGAGUGUCAAAAUUAUUUAGAAUUUUGCACAGUAGCUGAAAGAGUUGAAGGAAAAGGAUGUGUUUCAAAAUUAUCUGAUUGCUAAAAUUAUAUGAGUGAAGCAUAAUGUCAUAAAACAAUAUCUAAUUUAACCCAAGAUGAUGAUUGCGUAUGGACUGGGGAUAAAUGCUUUUAGUUAUCUUAUAUAAUUAAAACACCCUGCUCCUCUUUUAAAGGAACUUAAUAGAAAUGUUAAUAAAUUAAAAUAGGUUGUACAAAUCUUUCAAAUGCAGCACCUACAGCUAAUUGUAUUUUAGAUUGCAAUAAGAAAAUGGGAAUAAAUUUGCAGUUAAAAGAUUGUCAGUCCCUUGAUCCUAAUUGUUCAGUAAGAAAAGAUGGUAGCUCAUGCAUCCCUAUUCAAUCAUCUUGUAUAGAAUAUGGAUAAAAUUCAGAAAAUUGUUAUAAAUCUACAUUUAAUUAUUGUGUAAUGAAUAACGAAAAUCCAUCAAGUUGUCAAUCUAUAUAGAAAGCAUCAGAAUGUGAAUUUGUUAAAAGACAGACUGGGUUGAAACAUAAUGAUUGCUAAGCUUAUAAUAAACUUUGUACAUCAUUAAAAGAUGGAAGUGGAUGUCAAGAAUAUUAAACAAAUUGUUCUUUUUAUCAAGAUGACAUUUAACAUUGCACAAUAUCUUAAAAUGGUAGAUGCUUUUUUGACGGUAAGAAUUGUGUUCGUUUUUCAAUUUGUUAAAAUAUAAUUGAUACUGGUUUAACAAAUGUUAUUUGUGCUUCUUAUAAUCCAGAUUGCACAACAAAUACUUUUGGAACAGCUUGUUAAGAAAUAUUAAGUACUUGUAAUUAAUAUCAAACAUAUGCAUCUUGCACUUUUUCAAAGGCAGCGCCAACUGCUAAUAGAUGUGUUUGGAAUUCUCUCACUUCUCCAGCUAAAUGUAUCAAUGUUACAAAUGUCAGUUAAGAAUGUUCAUUAAUUAUGGGAAUCAAUUUAAAUCAUGCAACAUGCGAAGCUUAUAAUUCAGGUUGUGUUGCAAAUGCUUUAGAAACUGUUUGUUAAGAAAAGAAAUCAGCUUGUAAUCUUUAUAAAACUUAAGAAGCUUGUUCAAAAUCGACAGUAGGAAAAUGUUUUUGGAAAAAUAUUGUUAAUUCUCAAUAAUGUAUAUCAAUCUCUAAUGUUACUACUGAUUGUCUAUUAAUUAUUGGAAAAGGAUUGACAGAUGCUACAUGUUCAGAAUAUAAUGCAGAUUGCACUGCAAAUUAAAGUGGAACAGCAUGUUAAGUCUAAUAAAGUAACUGCAAUUUGUACACAAAUCAAGAUUCUUGUUCAUUAUCAAAAGCUUUAUCCCCAGCUGAUAAAUGUGUUUGGAACACUCAAAUUUCUCCUGAAAAAUGUAUAACUGUUACUUUAGUAAAUCAAUGUUAGCUUAUAAAAUUUCCAGGUUUAGAUGACAAUAAAUGUCUAGCAUAUAAUUCUGGAUGCGUGUCUGAUCUUUUUCAAACAACAUGUUAAGAGAAAAAAGUAAAGUGUUCUGAUUAUUCAGUAGAAAAUUCUUGCACAACAUCUAUAGAUGGUAAAUGCUACUGGAAUAAUAGUAUUACUCCUGCUGUUUGUAUUAAAAUUACUCUUAUAGCAUCAUAAUGCUAAUUGGUUAUUGGUUCAAGUUUAAAUAAUAAUAAAUGUGCUUCUUAUAAUCCAGAUUGCACAAUAAAUGCUUUUGGAACAGCUUGUUAAGAAAUGUUAAGUACUUGUAAUUAAUAUCAAACAUAUUCAACUUGUACAUUUUCAAAGGCAGCACCAACUGCUAAUAGAUGUGUUUGGAAUUCUCUCACUUCUCCAGCUAAAUGUAUCAAUGUUACAGAUGUCAGUUAAGAAUGUUCAUUAAUUAUGGGAAUCAAUUUAAAUUAAAAUACUUGUUCGACUUAUAAUCCUGGUUGUACAUCUUUAAAAGAUGGUACUGCUUGCUAAGAAUUAAAAUCUUCUUGUAAAGAGUACAAAGAACUAAAUAAAUGUGUAGCCCAAAAAAAUGGUACUCCAUGUAUUUGGUUUGAAAAUUCUUGUAAUAGUUUAUCGGCUACUAACUGUGGUGGAAUAAAAGGAUUGAACCUUGAUCAUUAAAUAUGUUAAGAGUUUAAUGUUGCUUGCACUUUAAUAUUGGAUGGAACAGGAUGCUAAAAUUUUAAAACAAAAUGUGAAGAUUAUCCAGCAACAUUAACAAAUUGUGCAAAUACUAUCACUUAAAAAUGUUUUUUUGACAAAUUAACUUCAAGUUGUAUUUCAAUUAUUAAUGUUGAAAAAGAUUGUGUUAAAAUUUAAGGAGUCUCUGGAAGCAUAACAUAUGAAAUUUGUUAAUCAUAUAAUAAAGGAUGUAGUGUAAAUCGAAAUGGAUCUGCAUGUGUUGAAGAAUAAAUUGAAUGUUUCAAUUAUAAAAAUCAAGUGGAAAGUUGUUAUAGAUCAAAAAAUACAUUAUGUUUAAUUGAUUCAAGUAAUAAUUGUUUCAAUGCUUUAAGUGCUUCAACUUGUGAAUAAAUUAUAUUAGGGGAUGGAAAUUAUAAUAGUUAUAAUUGUAAUUUAUUUAAAAAUGGAUGCACAGUUAGUGAAGCAAAGAAAUGUGUCUUAAAAGAAUGCUCAAAUGCUGUAAAUAUAGUAUUUAAUCACUAAAAUUGUAAUAAUUGGCUCAAUAAUUGUACAGUCAAUAAACAUUAUAGUGGUUGUGUAAUUAUGCCUGAAGAUUGUGAAACUUAAGCACCUUCUGAAUGUCUAUAUUCAUAGAAAGGUGAAUGUAUAGUAAUAAAUUUACGUUGUGUAAGGAAGACAUGUGAAGCGGCUCCUAUGGAUGUAACUCAUGAUAAUGAUUUUGAGUGUUCAUCAUUUUUGUAAACAUGUACUGUAAAUAAAAGAGGAUCAUGUUAAAUAAGAACUUAAUGUGCAGAGUACAAAAAUUAGAAGUAAUGUUAUUUUAAUUAAAAUGGGGGAAAAUGUUUUUGGAAUAAAACAUAUUAAAAUUGUGUUGAUAUGUUAUGUUUAAAUAUAGAGAGUACAGAACUUUAUGAUACACAUGAAGAAUGUAAUUCUGUUGAUUCAAAACUUCUUUGUACAGUCAAAGUUUUUAAUGGAGUUCUGCUGAAAGGAUGUUAAGGGAGAAUGGAAUGCAGUUAAUAUUCAGCUGAAGAAUAAUGCUAUAUUAAUCAGAAUCUCGAAGAAUGCGUUUGGGGAAAGGAAGCUUAAUAAUUAAGUGGAAAAUGUUUAGAUAAAUCUUGUAACACAGCGCCAAUCUCUCUAGUAACUCAUAAUGAUUGUAGUUUCUAUUUUUAAACAAAAAAUAUUUAUUGCACAGUUAAUGCAGCUACAAAUUUAUUAAAUAACAGUAUAAUACUUGGAGGUUGUAUAAAAACGAAAAAUUGUUAUGAAUAUAUUCAUUAAGAACAAUGUUAGAUAAAUUCUACAGGCAAUAUAUGUGUAUGGUAAAAUAAUUAAUGUUUUGACAAAUCUUGUGCUACUGCUCCUAUCACACAAGAAUAUGAUAGUCAUGAUAAGUGCAAUAAUUAUUUAUUUAAUUAAUGUACAGUUUCUUUUACUGGAUAAGGAUGUAUAGAUAUACCAAUAUCUUGUGAAAUUAUGACACAAAAAUAGUGUUUAAUUAGCAGAAGAGGAGAUCCCUGUUUUUGGACAGGAAAAGAGUGUGUAAGUAGAUCUUGUGAAAAUGCUCCGGAUUCUAUAUAAACAGAUGAGGAUUGCCAAAAUUAUUUUCCUGGAUGUGCAUAUAGUAAGAAUAAAUGUAGAACUAAAGUAUGUGAAGAUUAUGAUUAUAAAACUGAUGAUAAAUGUUAAGCUAUUGAUCCAACUUGUACCACAAAUGGAAUAUUUUGUGUUCUAAGAGAAACUUGUUUAUAAGCUUUAAGUAGAUCUGGAUGUGUUACCUCCUCAUAAAAUGAGUUAUGUGAAUGGUUAUCAGGCCAAUAAAAUUAAGAGUAUUGUACUAAUAGGAGCUGCGAAACAGCUCCUAAAGUUUUAAAGACAGAAGGUGAGUGUGAUGCUUAUUUAUAAAGUUGUACUACUAAAAAGGGAGGAGGUUGUGUAUCCAAAAGUACUUGCAACGCUGUUUCAAUCGAUGUGGCAUGUACAUAUGCUUUGGAUGGAACAAAAUGUGCUUGGAAUAAUAAUUUAAUGAUAUGUUUGGAAGAAGAUUGUUAAGAUUUUGAAGGAAUAACUCAUCAUCAAUGUAAAGCUAGAAGACUUGGUUGUACAGUAGGCGAAAAUGGAAAAUGUGCUAGGAUAAAAUAUUGUAGUGAAACUACUGUUGUUAACGCUUGUAUUGAAGGUUUAGAUGGACCUUGUUUAUGGAUUAAAAAUUCUGAAAAUUCUUAAGGUGCUUGCUUUUAAUACUCUUCAUGUUAAAGCAUAAAUUGGGAUAAUGAUUAAUAAUGCAAGCGGAUUAGCAAUAAAUGUACAACAAAUGGAGAACAUUGUGUUGCUAUUACUUCAUGCUCAGAAACUAAAGAUUAAGGAUGUGUAACAGGAUUUGAUGGACCUUGUAUUAGAUCAAAUCAAAUCUUAAAUUAACCACUUCCUAGUAUAUGCAAACCAUUUACUAAAUGUUCAGAUGCUCUGUACACAACUCAUUCUGAAUGUUAAAAAGCUAGCAAAAAUUGCACGACUAAUGGUGAAACUGAAUGUAUUUUGUUAAAUUCUUGUUCAUUAUAUAAAUCAAAAGCUGGAUGUAUUAUCAAUGAUAAAGGAUCUAAAAAAGUAAAUGAAACAAUAAUUUCAACUGGCUUUUGUACUUGGAAUUCUACUGAAGAGAAAUGUAGAGAUUAAAUCUGCGAAGAUAUAAAAGGUCAAACUCAUGCUGCUUGUAAUUCUAAAUUAUCAACUUGUACUUCUAAUGGAAAUUAUUGUUUAUCUAUUUCAGAAUGCUAGGCAUACAAAACAAAAAAUGCUUGUAAAAUAGCACUUAGUAAAAAUAAUUUUCCCUGUUUUUGGGAUGUUUCAAACUUAAAUUGUUAGAAAAAGAAAUGUUCAAAUAUUGAAAAUGGUAAUAGUACUUAUGUUUGCUAGAAAGAAUUAUCUUUCUGCACAUCAAAUGGAACUGAUUGCAUAGAAAAGGCAAAUUGUACUUCUUAUGAAUCAAAAAUAGCUUGUAAUUCUGGUGGAUUAGAUGGUAUUUGUGUUUUUAACUAAUAAAAUUCAUCCUAAUAGGGAAGUAUUUGCUCUAAAAUGGUAAAUUGUCAGUAAGCAAAUAAUGAUAAACUUGCUUGCCUUAAUGCCAAAUAUCAAUGUUUUUGGAAAGAGAAUAAUGACUCAAUUAGUGGUGAAUGCUUGCAACACACAUGCGCUACUUAUUAAUAGUAUCAUAAAGAUUGUCAUAGCUUUGAGAUUAUGAAUUCGAAAUAGAAAAUAUUUUGCAAAAUGAUAGAUAAAAUUUGUAGAAAGGAAGAACCUGAAAAUUUUCAAGCUAAUGAAUGUUUUAAAUUAACUGAUUACACUUAUACUUGGAGUACCACAAAUAAUAAAUGCUUAUCUUGUGGAAAGAAGGAAAAUAACCCUACUAAUAACAGCACCAAUGAUACUGAUAUUUAAUAGAUCCUCACUGUACCAUUCAUAUCUUUAUUAAUAAUUUUGAUAUGAUUAUAAAUUUAUUUUUGGC